UGUCUGCCCGCCCAAAAGACGGUUGCAUGAGACUUCCCAUCACGUGUAGCUGCGCCGAAGAUUUGAAAUUAAACUGCCUCACGGCGCGCCCGGAUCCGGAGCUUGCACCUUAUCUUCUUUUCCCAAUUGACAAGCUGGUAGCACAAUGUUCAUUCUUUUCUGUCUCCUACUCGCUCUGGCCUGUUUUGUUCUUUAUCGCUUUUACAGGGCCAAGCGCAUUCGUGAGGAAUAUGAUGCCAUUGCUCGUCAGCAUGGGUGUCUUCCGCCGCCACUGCUUCAGAAUCAAAGACCUCUGGGAGUCGAUAGGCUGGAGCAGAUUUUCCGUGCCAGUAACGAGUCCCGUUUGAUGGAGCUUUUUCUCUUCCACUUUCGUCAAACAGGGUAUACCCUUCAACAAGUCUUUUUGAUGACCCCGGCAUACGGCACCGUUGAUCCCGCAAACUUGAGAGCUAUACUCUCUUCGAAGUUCUCAGACUGGGACAAUGGUCCAAGACGAGCCAUCACGUUUCCAAUGUUCGGAGACGGUAUAUUCACGCAGGAAGGCGAUGCAUGGAAACAUUCUAGAGACAUCCUCAAGCCCCAAUUAUUCCAUAGGACAUAUGAAAACCUUGAAGUGUUCAAGCAGCCAGUGGAUGAUCUUCUAAACGCGCUUCCGGAGAAAGGCGGCAUCGUUGAUCUGCAACCCCUGUUUUUCCGCUUCACACUGGAUGUCACGUCUGCAUUUUUAUUUGGGGAGUCGACAUACACAUUGCGUUCCCCUGUCGUUGCAGGGGAGAACACAUUCGCAAGUGCUUUUGACACCGCUCAGAAAUAUGUUGUCGAGCGAUUCCGUCUGUUGGAUCUUUAUUGGUUGAUUGGCGGUAGAGAGUUUCGUGAAGCGUGCGAGCGAGUUCAUCGUUUUGCUGAUCAAAUCAUUGAUCGAAACUUAAGACAGGAGUGUUCAGAGAAGCGUGGUGAAAAUGAGACGUUUCUGAAUUCAGUUGCUAAAGAAUGCCCCGACCGUGAUACUUUGAGGGGCCAAAUUGUCAACAUCCUUGCUGCCGGCAGAGAUACUACGGCUUGCCUUCUUUCCUGGACCUUCUUUCUUCUUGUGCGACACCCUCAUGCCAUGCAAAAGCUCCGAGAAGAAGUCGCCCAGUUGAAUGAGAAAGGCGAUGACAUACACAGAGCGGAUUUACGAAAGAUGAAUUACCUCCAGAAUGUCAUGAAAGAGACUCUCCGUUUAUAUCCAUCUGUGCCAGUAAACACUCGAACAGCAAAAAACACCACCAUCCUGCCCACCGGUGGCGGACCCGACCGACAAUCACCCGUCUUGAUUCCGAAAGGCUCUGCCAUGGCAUAUAGCGUAUAUACUCUUCACCGCAGGCCAGACCUGUUUGGUAUGGAUGCUGAGAUUUUCCGUCCCGAGCGAUGGGAUGAGGAUAUGCCGUUGAAUCGGGACCCAAUCACCCAGCAAUGGGGUUAUUUGCCAUUCAGUGGGGGUCCCAGAACUUGCUUAGGACUGGACUUUGCGCUCGUGGAAGCAGCUUACGCAAUUGUGCGGAUUAUGCAGAAGUAUCCCAAUGUCAGACUUCCCGAGGGAGAAACUGUCGAGUUGACUGGUGUCGAAAAGCAAACAGUCACCUUGGUCCUCCAGAUCAAGGAUGGUUGCAAAGUUGAUUUAUCCUAGGCAGCGGUCUUUUACAAUUUCUUUACUUUUCUUUUUGUCCUUCUCUUUACUCUGUCAGCUAUUUGUUUAAAUGCGCCGUAAUUCGUAGAUGUACUGUACACAGCUAUACUCGAAGUUAGACGUGAAUAUCAACGCUAACCUCCGACUGGAUUGGGGAAACUCAUAAAGCUGAUUGAAUUCAAUACAUAAUUAU